AUGGCCAUCCUCCUCGAUGCGCCAUUGCAGCCGGUGUCGGUGCCGGUCUCGGUCUCACCGACCUGGGCCGCCGCGAAUCCCAGCGGCGUGUCUUCGCGUUCUAGCUCGACCAGCGGGUCAGGCUCACUGACUACCGACGACGACGACGACGCCUCGCUCGUAUCGCCUCGCAUUGCACCCAUACCGGCAUCCCCACCCCCCGUCACGUCGCUGUCCCUCUCGACCGCGACCCUCAAGGCGCAGGAACGCUUCAUACCGGCCAUCUUGGAGCUUGGGACGAAUGCGAUUCCAACCGUCGCGAUCGAUCAGUCGCCUUCCGAACUCGUCGGAUCGGCCACGACGUCGAACGCGAACCCGCAACCCUUCUUCCCCACCAUCGACUCCAACGUAUCCGUCACCAUUGCUUCCCCGACCACGUUCCAGUUCCCUGCUAUCGCCGAGAUCCCCGCAGACCCCUCAGCAGCGUCGACCUCCGCCACCCCACAUAGCGCGCCUGACAUCGACGAGCAAGGCACGCCGACGACCUCGAAGCGACACCGCACACAGCCGAGUCUGUCACGAACACCUUCUUCCCCCACCAUCGUCACCUCCCCCGCCGUGCAGAACCAUGCAAGACCGCCUCGCGCGAGGCGGCAGUCGACCAAGGUUUACGGGCCCAAUGCGCUCACGGUUGGCAACCCGCAGAGCCCAUCUGGUGGAGACCCAGCGAACCAGCUCGAGGCCAAAGUCGUAAUCCGUGAGUCUCAUACGCUGUGCAGCCGAGUGUGUGAACGGGAGGUCAUGGCUGACGUCGUGACCACUGCUCCCCCACGAUCAGUCGGCAGCCAAGGCGUUGGCAAGACCUCGCUCGUCCACCGGUACACAACGGGUGUUUUCAGUUACUCGCUCACGUCGACCAUUGGUGCAAGCUUCUUGGCCAAGCGAUUAGUGGUUGAAGGCUGCAAGGUGCGGUUGCAGAUCUGGGACACGGCCGGGCAGGAGCGCUUCCGUAGCAUGGGUGAGUACACACCGGAUGUGGAGGUUGGAUGGCGCGCAAUGCUGACUUGUGGAGGCCCAUAGCUCCUCUAUACUAUCGAGGCGCACUAGCAGCCAUAUUGGUUUACGAUAUCACGAACGAAAAAAGUUUCUUGGACAUCCGGUUAUGGAUGGAUGGUAAGAGACAGCGUCGGCGCGAUCGAUACUCGGUUCUUUUAUUCACACCCAUGCUCCGCCCCGUGCAGAACUGCGCAGAAACAUGGCCCCGGAUCUUAUCAUCCACGUGGUUGGGUCGAAGCUGGAUCUGACGGGCCAACGUCAAGUCGAACUCGUCGAUGCGCAGCGCCAAAUCGCACAGUGGGCUGACGAGCUCGAUCGCGGCGACGACGACACCCCACUCAACGCUCGUGAGCGGGAGAGCUCACCUUCGUCGCCCAAUCGAUCCCGAGCGUCAACACGAGCACGACAGGGAAGUAUUCCCGGACCUCUCAUCCCUAACGGUUCCACGAUCGCAACGACAUCACCCCUCAGCCCAAUGUCGACUGCCCAGCCCGUCCACGACUCGUUGGGUGCACGGGUUCGCAAGAUGAGCACAAAGCUGGGUAGUUUACCAACCGUCGCAACGCUUGCCGCUACCAACGCGCCAUCAGGAGGUACCAUCGGUCUCGGGACGAACAGCUCGAGUACCCUGAGUGUGCACGAUUCGUUGGCGCCGACGAGCGAGAACAUGAGUCGCAGUGGCAGCAAGAUGAGCUUGAGCCUGGGAUCAUUGGGGCUCGCCGGUCGAAGCAGGAGUCGGAACGAGGAUGAUGAACGCCGGGCUGCCGAAGACGUGGAGAGGGAAGAGGCGGCUCGUAUCGAUCGCCUCGUCAAAGACUGCUCCAUCGAAGUGACUGAAGUCAGCGCCAAAGAUGACAUCGGUGAGUCAUUCCCGCAUACGACUCCUUCAGUCAGGUAUGGACCAAACAGAUGCUAACGAACGACGACUUUCAAUAUGUUCCUAGGCGUGGAAGAGAUGUUUGUUCACAUCACACAGCGACUGGUGGAACGCAAAGCGCAGAUUGAAUCGGCUCGCAUCCUGCGCAGCCGCGGCUCGAUCAUGUUGCGGGACGACACGCCCAACCCUGCAACCGCAGGAUGGUGCUGCGCAUGA